AUGAUAGUAAUUAUAUUCGCUAUUAUCUCAAUAAUAUUGUGCAAUUUUGAUGAAAGCAUGAGAUGGGGAACCUAUAAACCUCAAUUAAUUCAUGCAGUAACACAACGAAAUAUGAAAACAUUUAAUCCGAUAACAGGAGCUCUUAUGUAUGCAGAUCAUAUUGGGACAGAUGAUCGAUCAUUAGUUUAUAAGAUCCCAGAUUUAAACACUGAGCAAGUGAAAAUUAAUCCAGUUCAUCAUAAUGGUAAGGACUUUAAUGUUUAAGUGAUAAGUGAUCCAAACACAAAGUCUAUAAUUUAAACAACUCUUAUAAAAUUUCCAAUAGAAUCUAAAGUGAACUUUGUUGAUGAAAUCAAAACCUUAAAUAUUGAAAAGCCAUUGUCCUUGUUCUAUGUUUUAACCAUUGAGCAAUUCAAUCAAUUUAAUUUGGAAACAAGAACUUUUGAAGUAAAUGUGACUAACCAUGGUAUCAGAGUUAGCACUUACAAUGAGGAUGAAACAAGAAUAGAACACUUCUUUAUCACGAUAACUGUAAAUGAUAGAAAUUAUUAAUACAAUUGCACCGAUGAGAAAUUGUCAAAUCUAACCAUAAGGACUUUGUUUAACGAUUACAUUUUUAAUUAUGAUCCUAGACCAACCUUGAUGUAGGCAAUCUUCUCCAAUAGUACAAAUACCAAUAAUUCGAACUUGGUUGCCAUUGAAUUCAGAGCCUAACCUGGAGAUAAUGUAAUUAUUCAAGUAACACAAACUGAUAAAUAUAUACCUGAUUAUGGAUUUGAUAAUCUGGAAUAGUUGAGUGAUAGUUUGGCAGCAGUCAACAGGUUCAAUUUUAAAAAAGUAUUUGGAACUGAUAAUAAAUGUGCCUAUUCUAGUUUUAGUAAUUUGAUGGCAGGCUUAUUAUUCACUUAUGGAAAUCUCAGUUGUGUGAUAAAUAAGGAUACGUGCACAGCCUUUAAGCCAAUGUUAAGUCAUACACCUUCAAGAUUUGGAUUCCCUAGACCUUUUCUAUGGGAUGAGGGUUUUCAUAAUAUGAUUGCUUGUAAAAUCAACCCAGAUAUUUGUCUAUAAAGUUUAGAAGAUUGGAUCAAUACUAUGUCGAUUGACGGUUGGAUACCUAGAGAGUAACCAAGAAGUGAAGAAUUGAGAUCAUACAUUCCUUGGUUAAAGGAGGAUCCUAGAGAAUCAAAUCCACCAACAUUCUUCUUUAAUUUUGAAUAUCUGAUUGAUAACCAUCCAGAAUAUAAGGAACGCAUAGGAAAAAUCUAUCUAAAGCUCUUCUCUUGGUACAAUAACUGGUUCAGAACCUAAGCGAUUUUCAAUGAUUAAGGUAAAUUUUCAGGAUUUUUAAAAUGGUGGGGUCCUGAUGAGGAUAGUAAUUUAGGCUCAGGUCUUGAUGAUUGGCCAAGAACAGAUGGGAGCAAGGUAUCGAAAUAUAAUAUAGAUGCUUAAAGUUGGGGAUACUUUUUCACUUUUCAUAUGGCUAAAUUAGCAAAACUCUAUGAUGUUGGGAUAGUUAGUAGUCUUGAACAGAGAUUGGAACUAAUUUUGAAUAAGAUGAAUUCUGAUAUGCUGGACCCAAAUGACUUAAUUUAUAAGGAUAUACUCUAUUAUCCUAACACAGAUGAUUAAGUAUUUUACUCUCCUCAUAGAGGGUAUGUGAAUCUAUUCCCUCUAGGAUUAGGGUUGAUUGACAAAUCAAGAGUUGACAUUAUCCAAUAACAAAUAAACUUUAUGAGAAGUAGCACUAUGUGGACACAGUUUGGUAUUAGAUCUUUAGAAAGUAACAGCACAGAAUUUAGAAAGAAAUCUAAUUAUUGGACUGGACCUAUUUGGGUGAAUAUUUAAUUUUUGGUGUUGAGAGCAUUAAAAUUAUACUAUUGGGAAAUUGAUGGAGUAUAAUAAUUCUAUCGCGAUUUAAGAUCUAAUAUGAUUGAGACUAUAUGCUCACAAUAUGAAACUAGAGGAUACUUCUACGAGCACUAUAAUCAAAAUUUAGAUGGUUUAGGAUAAGGCAAUAGACCAUUUAAUGGAUGGACUAGUUUAAUAACUUUAAUAAUAGCAGAAAAGUAUUGA